AUGCCAAGUCAAAGCAACGCACGUGUUGUUCAGUACCGCCCCUUUCCGACAAAGGGAAAUACAGAAGAAACUGACCCUGUUAAUGAAAGCUGUCGUUGGGAAACUCAGAUUAAUCACAAUGACUUCAAAAUAUUUAAGAGUCAUGAGAAGCAGCUGUGUGAAGUCUUCAGGAAGAAAUUUGGUUGUUUCCUUACCAUAGUUUCACCACUCCAGGGAAGUGACACCAGUUCUCAGCCAGUCUUCAAAAAAAUGCUGACUCCUGGUGUAGAGCUAUCGGUCUGGAAGGAUGACCUCACCACACAUGCUGUUGAUGCUGUUGUAAAUGCAGCGAAUGAAGUCCUUCAACAUGGGGGAGGCCUGGCCCGGGCCCUAGUAAGUGCUGGUGGCUAUGAAAUCCAGGAGGAGAGCACAAGCUUAGUUACCAUAUAUGGUAGAGUACCAACUGGUGAGAUUGCUGUCACAGGAGCAGGCAGGCUUCCCUGCAAACUCAUCAUCCACGCGGUUGGACCUCAGUGGACAAAGAGAGAUGAAGGGCAAUGUAUUGAACAGUUGAAAAGGGCCAUUAGAAACAUUCUAGAUUACGUCUAUAAAUAUCAGAACAUUAAGUCGCUUGCAAUUCCAGCCAUCAGUUCUGGGAUCUUUCAGUUUCCUCUGGAUCUGUGUACAUGCAUCAUUGUGGAGACUAUAGUGGUUUACUUACAGAACAGGCAAAUGACCAAUAGUUUGAAAGAAAUUCACCUGGUGAGUAAUGAGGACCCUACUGUUAAUGCCUUUACAACUGCGUCAGAAGCCAUCCUAGGAAGGAACAAUCCAGAAUCCUGGGUGAGUCAAGAAACACCCAGUGCAGCGAUGGCUGACCAUAAACCUGCAUUAACAAGUCUCAGUAAUUACAGUGUUCCAGACUCCCAGGGAAGAGAGGAGAAAAUAGACAAUGGGUUCUACAGUAAAUUUCCUGUCAUCAUUGUGAAGGGAAACAAGGAGGCAGUGCAGGAGGCCGAAGCAUGGGUCCGUAGGUUGCUGACCCUCCAGGGGCACCACAUCAUCGAGAACAACCACAUCCUCUACCUCGGGAAAAAAGAGCAUGAUAUUUUGUCUCAACUUCAGAAAACCUCAAAUGUCUCCAUCUCGGAGAUUAUCGAUUCAGAAAAGGCCAAAUUAAAGAUUACAGGAGCCCAGACUGACCUCCUGGAGGCGGUUAUAAUCAUUGAACAUCUGCUGUGCCAUGUCCAGGAGGAAAUGGCAAUGAAAAUGGAACAAGAUCUUUUGAAGUUAUUAGGACGAUGGGCUGAGCACCAACCAAAAUUCCUGGAAGAAAUGAAAUUUGGCCCGUACAUGAAAUGUCGUAAAGGGUUUUCAUCUCCAGCACUUCGGGAUAGAAAGAAAGAGUUCGAAAAAUGUGGCUUGCAGGUUAUAAAGGUGGAGGAGAUAAAAAAUGAUUUUCUGAGCACUGUCUUCCAAGUGAAGAAGAAAAUGAUGGAAGCAAGUGCCCAGAGGGAGCCCGUGAGUCACAGGCUGUUUCAACAAGUCCCACAGCAGUUCUGCCAGGAGGUCUACAGAGUUGGCUUUCAGAGAAUGUACUCGGAGCCCUGUGACCCAAAAUAUGGAGCUGGCAUAUAUUUCACCAAGAACCUAAAAAAUCUGGUAGACCGGAUCAAGAAAACUGCCUCCACAGAUACGCUGAUCUACAUAUUUGAGGCUGAAGUACUCACAGGGUCCUUCUGCCAGGGUUGUCAAUUAAACGUUGUCCCCCCAGCAUUGAGCCCUGGCGCCAUAGAUAGCCAUGACAGUGUGGUUGACAACGUCUCCAGCCCUGAGACCUUUGUUAUUUUUAGUGGCACACAAGCUAUGCCCGUAUAUCUGUGGACAUGCACCCAGAAUACCGUAGCCACAGAAUUGCUCAUCAGAACAGAUGACACUCACUAUCCCCAUGGUCAUCAAGGGAGAGAUCAUCCUCAACAGACAGUUCUGUUGACUAACCCACAUAGUAUGUAA